CAGUGAACAAUUCCUGUCUUUACCGUUUGAAUUUUCUGCUUCUCUCUAUCUCGGAUGUUGCAACUACCCAUGCUUAUUUUUUUUCCUCUUUUCACUAUCCAAACACUUUUUCCUUUCAUCCUAGUCUCUGCAAAAUUCCUUUCUUUUUUCCUUCUUGGAGAUUAAAGACUAGAAAGGAGUGUUUGGUUUAUGUUGUUUAGUAAAAGUAUUGACUUUUGGACAUCCGUUUAGUUGGGUCAACCACUUUCGCCUAUUUCUUCAGAAUUUACUGUUGCCAUAUCGACCCUUUUGGGAUUCAAGAGAUUGACGAUUUUUUUUCUAGGGUUUAUGGAUGUACCCUUUUCCCCCUCUUUCGUACAUGAUUAGGGCUCGAGUUAUCAUUAGACUUCAAAUUUAGUUGACCCUAAAAAUGUCGAGAAGGCACGUUUGUAUAUGCAACUGAUGCUGAUUGCGAUCUUAGACGGUGGAGCGCUGAAAUGAGUGGCGAUCGUCUCUGGCGUAGUGUACAGUGUCAGUGAUAGUUGUAGAGGUGAUUGAGUCAAAAAGAUCAAAAUAUGGUUGCAAAAGACCAUAAAAAACCCACUGGAUCUCCUAAUGUACAAGUUGGAGAAAUAGAUACAAGUGCACCAUUCCAGUCUGUUAAAGAUGCUGUUAACCUGUUUGGGGAAGGUGCUUUCUCAGUGGAAAAACCAGCAAUCAAGAAGGCAAAACCUCAGUCCGCAGAGAGGGUAUUGGCAAAGGAAACACAGCUUCACUUGGCCCAGAAAGAGCUAAACAAGUUGAAGGAACAGUUGAAAAAUGCUGAAACUACAAAAGACCAAGCACUCACCGAACUUGAAAGGGCAAAACGGACUGUUGAGGACCUCACCCACAAGCUAAAACUUGUCUGCGAGUCAAAGGAUUCAGCUAUAAAGGCAACAGAAGCAGCAAAGAGUCAGGUUAACCAACUUGAAGAAGCAAUUGAUGGCUCUGUUAUUGGGAAUGAUGGUUCUUGGAAGGUGGAUCUGGAAACUGCGAGAGAAACGUAUAUGGCUGAAAUAGCUGAUCUUAAUACCGCUAAACAAGAGCUUAGGAAAAUCCGUCAGGAUUGUAAUACAUCUAUGGAAGAAAAAGCUGUCGCUAUUGAGCAGGCAGCAGAAGCUGAGCGUACUGCGAAAGCAAACGUGGAAAGAGCUCGUGAACUCUCCAAGGAAAUAGCAGCUGUCCAGGAGUCAAUUGAUCAGCUAAAACUUGCCUGUGUGCAGGAGCGGGAAGAGGAAGCAAAGAUUUAUGCUGAAAAGGAUGUUCAGAAGCAGUCCUACAAGGCUAAACUUGAAGAGUCAGCAGAGAAGUUACUUGCGUUGAGGAAAAAAACCAAUGGGGAUAUAGCCAGGAGUCUGGAAGCACAAUUGGCUGAAACAACAUCCGAAAUUGAAGCUCUGCGAAAAGAGAUGGAUAGCACGAAGUCUUCUGACCUUGAUACAGUGACAGCUGUUACUGCAGAGCUGGAUGAUGCUAAGGAAUCACUGCAUAAAGUGGCAGAAGAAGAGAGCACUCUGCAGACCUUGUUAGAGACCCUUAAACUGGAGCUGGAGAAUGUGAAGAAAGAACAUUCUGAUCUGAAAGAGAAGGAGGCGGAGACAGAAUCACUUGCUGUGGGUCUGCACAUCAAGCUCCGGAAAGUCAAAUCUGAGCUUGAAGUAGCAGUUGCAGAAGAAUCCAGAGCAAGAGGGGCUUCCGAAGAAAUGAUCUCUACUCUCCACCAGCUGACCUUGGAGACUGAAAAUGCCAAGCUUGAAGCUGAAGAGAUGAAAAAGCAAGCAGAAGAAUUAAAGAGAGAAGCAGAAGCCACUAGAAUGGCGUUUGAAGAAGCAGAAAAGAAGCUUAAAGUGGCGAUGGAAGAAGCUGAAGAAGCAAAAUCAGCUGAGGCUGGGGCUCGUGAUGAAAUUAAGAUUUUAUCUGAAAAGAACACGACUGCACGUUCCUCAAUGUCCGAGUCUGGUUCUCGUGUCACUUUAUCAAAAGACGAAUUUGACUCUUUGAGCCGCAAAGCUGAAGAAUUUGAUAAAUUAGCAGAAAUUAGAGUGGGAGCUGUAAUAGCUCAGGUAGAGGCUGUGAAAGCAAGUGAGAAUGAGGCCCUCAAGAAGUUGGAUGCUACUCAGAAGGAGAUUGAUGAUAUAAAAAGUGCUACUCAGGAAGCAUUGAAGAAGGCAGAGAUGGCAGAAGCUGCCAAGAAGGCCGUAGAAGGGGAGCUUAGAAGAUGGCGAGAACGUGAGCAAAAGAAGGCAGCCGAGUCAGCUUCUCGUAUUCUUGCUGAACAACAGAUGAACUACGGAUCAUCUCCUCAGGGUUACAGAGUUGAGAAGGAGAAGCCAUCGGAGAAGUUCACGGAGUCACAUUCAAAGAUGCACCCACCACCAGUGGAAACCUGGAAGCAAAGCUCACAUGAGCAGAUAACAGAAUCGCGCAAGUUGCAGAAAGCAAAGACAUCUGUGUCAAAGAAGAAAGUAUUGAUGCCUAAUAUCAGCGGCAUUUUUCACAAGAAGAAAAACCAAGUAGAGGGAAGUUCUCCUUCAUAUCUGCCUGGAGAGAAGCCUGUUUGGUAGCACUUUGCCAAAAUUGUGUGGUGGAGAGGAGCCGGUCUAUAUGCCAUGUAUUGUGUAUAUCUGAAACCUGUGGAACGGCAUUUUCUUUUUCCUUUCACUUUUGGUAUUUAUUUGUGUGUGUGCAAGUAAGUUAUUAAGAGUUAUAUGCAAUUGACUCGCAUAAAUAAGAUGCUUACAAGACUCUUUUCUUGACCAUCCUCAA